UUUAUACUGAUUUAAUUGAUUUCCUUGUGAGCUGCCUUGAGUCCCACUCCAGGAGAAAGCAAGCAUAUAAAUGAUGUAUGUAUAGCUUUUAGAGAAAAGCUGAGUAGUGUGGCAGUUUUACUCUGACUUAGAAGGAAAAGACACCUUCAGUCAUGGUGUUGGUCUUCAAUACAGAGGGCAGGAGCAAAUUUCUAGAGUGAAACUAAACAUUUAGCUCAAGCUUCUCCAGCUCAAGAAAGCAUUCUUCAUGCUUCUCUCACAAAACAUCUUUCUUUACUUUCUAGGAUUUGGUGCCCCCAUGUUUUUUGCUUUGAGGCAGGAUCUGGCAACAGGCUUCUUUGGCUAUUUUGGAAGCCAAAUAAAAUAUGGAAAAGAAAGGCUCAGCUGGCCCUGAGUUAAGAAAAGGCCUUCCACAUCUUUCAGCUGGGAGCAGUGAGAAAUUCUCCAGAGCAACACCACAGAAGAGCCUGACAGAAAAUACGUCCCAUUCAGAGGAGCUCAUUGUAGAAGAGUGUGGCAACUUUCCUGUGCCAGAGAAGGCUUUCUCGGACUCUGGAAAAACAGUGCAGUUCAAGUGGAUGGUACAGCGAGAUGAGAGAAGGACAACUAUGAUGGACAAUGAAAAACAGCCAUGGCCAAAAUCUUGCAGUUCCUCUCUUCCUUUUGAUACACUGAGAACUGCUUCUGCGCACCAGGUUCAGGUGACAUUUGAGGAAGUGGCUGUAUAUUUCAGUAAGGAGGAAUGGGCCUUGCUAGAUCCAAAACAAAGGACCCUGCAUAGGGAAGUCAUGGAGGAGACUUUGGAGAUGGUCACUUCUCUUGGAAGUGAUAUAAAUGGGAUUGAAGACCUAAUCAGGCCCAUGGUCAAAAGAGCCAGAAAUAAAGAGAAGGAAGAGAAAAGAAUCAGAAUGGAUACUCAAGAGAAGAGGAGGGCCACCUCCCCUGGAUUUCUGGGUCUUGAUAUUUCUGGAAUUUCAGUCCCCCAAAGUGCUCAAAGAGCAAAGGAAGGAAGUGAAUGUUUUUGUUUUGAUUGUGGGAGACGUUUCAGCUGUAGAGCAAGCCUUAAUCAUCACAGGAGAAUUCACACAGGGGAAAAAUCUUGUGAGGAUGAUGAGAGUAGAAACAUUGACAGUUAUAGGAAAAAACUAAUUUCCCAUGAAAUAUCUCAAAUAACAGAGAAACGAUUUAAAUGUUUUAAAUGUGGCAACAGUUUCAGGUGUAGGCCACAGUUUCUGGAACAUCAAAGACUGCACUCAGGGGAGAAAUCAUUAAUAGGCUUGGAAUGUGGAAAAAGUCAUAAAGCAGCACAUAAAAAAGCUUUUAAAUGCUUGGAAUGUGGAAAGAGCUUCAGUUGGAAGAUAAGCCUCAUUCAUCAUCAAGCAACUCACACAGGGGAGAAACCAUUUAAAUGCUUGGAGUGUGGAAAGAGCUUCAGGCAGAAGAUAACUCUUAUUCGGCAUCAUGCAGUUCACACGAGGGAGAAACCAUUUGAAUGCCUGGAAUGUGGUAAGAAAUUCAUUCGAAAGGAACACCUUGCUUCUCAUCAAGCAAUUCACACAGAGGGAAAACCUUAUAAAUGCUUGGAGUGUGGAAGGAGCUUCCGUUGGAAGAGAAGCCUCAUUCCUCAUCAAGCAAUUCACACAGGGGAGAAGCCAUUUAUAUGCUUGGAGUGUGGAAGGAGUUUCAAACAGAAGAUCCACCUCACUUAUCAUCAAGCAGUUCACACAGGGGAGAGACCAUUUAAAUGCAUGGAAUGUGGAAAGAAAUUCAGUCAAAAAGAACAUCUCACUUGUCAUCAAAGAAUCCAUACAGGGGAGAAGCCAUUUAAGUGCUUGGAGUGUGGGAAAUUCUUCCGUCGGAAGGCACAUCUCACUUCUCAUCAAACCACUCACACCGUGGAGAAACCAUUCAAAUGCCUGGACUGUGGAAAGAGUUUCAGCUGGAAGAGAAGUCUCACUUGUCAUCAGUUAACACACAGAGAAGAGAAACCAUUUAAAUGCCUAGAGUGUGGGAAAAGUUUUCGUUCGAAGCAAAGCCUUGCAGCUCAUCAAACAACUCAUGCAGCAGAGCAACCAUUUAAAUGCACAGAAUGUGGGAAAAGUUUCAGCUGGAAGAAAAGCCUAACAGAUCAUCAGGCAAGUCACACAGGAGAGAAACCAUUUCAGUGCCUAGAAUGUGGGAAAAGUUUCAGUUGGAAGUCAGGCUUCACUCUUCACCAAUUAACUCACACAGGAGAGAAACCAUUUAAGUGUUUGGAGUGUGGAAAGAGUUUUAAUCGGAAGACCCACUUCAAUUCUCAUCAGGCAGUUCACACAGGGGAAAAACCAUUUAAAUGUCAGGAAUGUGGGAAAAGUUUCAGUUGGAAGUCAGGCUUCACUCGUCAUCAGUUAACUCACACAGCAGAGAAACCAUUUAAGUGUUUGGAAUGUGGAAUGAGUUUUAACCAAAAGAUGCACCUCACCACUCAUCAAGCAGCUCACACAGGAGAGAAACCAUUUAAAUGCCAGGAAUGUGGAAAGACUUUCAGUCGUAAGAGUUACCUAGCUGCGCAUGAAUUGGAUCAUACAGGGGAGAAACCAUUUAAAUGUUAGCAGUACAGAAAGAGUUUCACUCAGAAUGGACAAACUGCUAUUUAUCAAUUAACUCAUGCAGGGAAGAUACCAUUUGAAUGUGAGGAAUUUGAAAAGAUGUCAGAAAACUUAGCUUGCUUGAGCAACUUUCAAUCAGAAGACAAACACUUUUCAUCUGUCUCUACACACAGGGGAAAAUCCAUUUGAAUGCCUGGAAUAUGGAAAUGGUUCUGGACAGGAACCAACACAGAAAUUCUCAAAGGAAGACACCAUAAAAAUGCUUGGUGUGUGGGAAAAGUUUUAGUUGGGGGAAAAAACUAAUCUUAAAAUAGUUCAUGGAGUGGAGAAUCCAUUUAAACAAUGUAGUAUUUAGAGCUUGGAAAGAGGCAUAGGAGAACAAUACAUUUUCACAUCAAACCAUUGCCUAAUUACUUUUUAUAGUAGAGAAAGCUAACUGUGAUUUCAAAAAUGAUAGAACAGGGGACCCAGAUAUAAACACACCAUCAGUGCAAUGUUUGGUGGAAUCCUUGAAGAAUCAAAGAUGUUGGUUGAAGAUCGUUACCUUCUUUCUACAUUACAUAAUUAAGAUCUAUUUUAUGAAUAGAAGCUCAUCCAUGGUCAAAGAAAAGACUAUUCCUUAUCUAGCAGCACUCGUGUUAGCUUUGCCAUUUAGUGAGUGUCAAAUAAAUUCUCUAUGAUGGUUUUACAAA